UGAAAAAGACAAUUUUAUCAGUACAGCACACUUCAUUUGAAUGUGUGACUAAUAAUUAACCAAUAAUAUUGUUAACGCUCUAUUGACUUUAAUGAUCAUUAAAGCUUAUUCCUCUUUGACAGGAGCCUUUAAAAAAUCCCGUUUCGACUUUAGCUAAAAACUCGCCCCACAAAAAGCGCUCAUCUACUUUGUAAUUGAGAACACGUGACUAAUCGCUGUAGUAACGCGGAGGAAGAAAAGAAUCGUUAAUACCGCACUUUAAUUUCAAGGGUGGUUUUCUGAGCAGACAACAAACACUGUAAAACGUAAUUUCUUUGUGAAAUGCAAAUCGAAAUAGAACGUAAACAAACGGAAAUAGCCAAACAAUUACUUAAAGCUGUUGUAAAAUCUGGUGGUGGACUGGGGGCGUGUAAACGUUCUGGAUUGUUCGGUUUGUGUACUCGGUCAUUGUACAAAGUAUACGUUACGAACAAGUCAAGCAUUGUUGAGAAUAAUCAAUGUGUGGGAGAACGGGAAUAGUAGGGAAUAUUUAGGCGGCGGGUUUAAACCUGCCCAUUGGCCACACUGUUGCGAGCCAGUUGCAGUUCACUUUUGCUUGCAGAAGGGGUUGUAAGUCUGGCGAACGUUCAGUUUGGAUGUUGGAAGCGGAUAUUCGAUCUGUGAAAAAAUCGCAAUGGUCCCGAAGUGGUGGGGGGAGGUGGUCAGGUGAUGUCACGCUCAACAUGAAACUGCGAUACGCUCUAAUCUUCCUCACAGCUCUUGCUAUUGUUACAUAUCAUCAUGUGCAGAAGGAGUUUUUUGGUCCACGACUUGAAACAAUGGUUAUAUACGAGAACUACUAUGCCAAUGAGAGAGACCCGGAGGUGUCAUGUCAGUUCCCCAUUCUGCAUCCAUUUGACGAAUCCAUUCUUCCUCAUGUCAAGAUAGCAAAGCCUAUCAGGUGCUUUGCUCGUAACAAAAUUCUUACAAUGAUAGAUGAGGAGGGAUACCUGAAGUACAAUAAAUCUGGCCUUGUCGAAGGUGGCUAUGACAUUGAUUCUCCUCCUAGCUGUUAUUUCCAGGAGAUCUUCCGGGCUCCUAAGAGUGACUUUGAUGUCAUCUACAGCAAUCCCACCCUGAUGAAAGGUUGUGACCAGCUACAAUCAGACUUUGUGUUUGUCGAGUGUUAUAACUUUGCUGGAAUCAGCAUCUACCAGAAUUUCCAUGCCAGUGUUCAGCGCAAUCAAUCUGUUAGAAAGUUCAAGAACGAUGUGGAGCUCAGCGUGGCAGUGAUAGGACUAGACUCUAUGUCCCGGCUGAACUUUAUGCGCCAGUUGCCACUCUCAUACCGAUACAUCACCGAUGUGAUGGAAGGCGUUGUACUGCUGGGGUUCAACAAGGUGGGAGAGAACACAUUCCCCAAUUUAGUGCCGAUGUUGACAGGUAGAGCGAGUGCCUGGGGAGCCUACUAUCACUACGAGAACUGGCCAUUUGUCUGGAAGCAGUUUGCUGAUGAAGGUGCUGCCACAAUGUAUUCAGAGGAUCUGCCUCAGUUCAACAUGUUUGACUAUCUCUCCACUGGUCUGCAGCACCAGCCGACUGUACAUUAUAUGCGCACGUUCUGGCUGGCUGUGGAGAAAUCAUUGUUAUAUCGUAUGUCCUCUACCUUCUGCCUCGGCGCCAGACCGAAGCAUGUCAUCUACUUCCACUAUCUCCUCUCAUUCCUGCGGGUUUAUCGAAAUUCUCCCGCCUUCCUUUUCUCUCUGUUCAACGAAGCUAGCCACGAUUAUGUGAAUACCGUUGGGGCAAUAGAUCAAGAUCUCAGAGAUUUCCUCAAUGCGAGUGUCACAGAAGGCUUGUUCAAUCGUACAGUGGUUCUGAUCUUGGGUGACCAUGGAAACCGCAUCGACCCGAUUCGUCUCACUGAUGUUGGUCGGAUUGAAGAUCGAAUGCCGAUGGUAUCUGUAGUCAUGCCUAAAUGGACUGAUAAGAUCUAUCCAGGUUGGAGGGAGGCAUUGCAGAAGAACAGUAAAAGAUUGUUGUCAAGUUAUGACAUACAUGGAACAUUUUUAGACGUUUUAUCGACGUUGCAGAAGCCAGGAUCUAUAGAUGUCCAAAGUGUUUUUGAAUUUGAAAAACUCAAAGAGACCGGUUUAGAUAUUAGAUGGGCAAAACAUUUCAGUGCGAAGAGUCCCGAAAUGUCCUUUUUCCAACCAGUUCCACUCGACAGAACCUGUUCCGAAGCAGGAAUUCCGGACUGGUUCUGCGUCUGCCAGACUGACCAGGAGAAGCUUUCAUUGGACGAUGCCAGGAGUAUAUCAGCGGCACAAACUGUUGUGAAGCACUUCAAUGAGGAUUUAUUACAUGGACUGACACAAUGUGCAACACAAGAAUUGACUGCAGUCGAGUCGGCAGUGAUGACACAACACAGAAAACACACUAGUGAAUACAGAGUACAAGUUAUGUUCCGUACGAGGCCUGGUGAUGGUGUGUUUGAAGCGAGUGUUGAUGUGAAAGUUACAGAUGGGCGAGAGGAGAGGAGAGUUGUGGGGGAACUUUUGCGGAUCAAUCGUUACGGAUCACAAGCGGACUGUCUACCAGCGGAAUUGCGUGCUAAUUCUACAAUACUACGUGGUGUAUGUUACUGCAAGUAAUUGACCUACAUUCCUCGUGUACCUGGGAGACUUUCAUUCUCACAUUCUAAUUAGAAAUGAGGUUCAGCCUUAUUCUAAUUUAUACUGAUUCUUUAAUUUCAUCUAUAAGCGUACCAAGAACAUGUUACACAUUUAAGUAUCAUAUUUAUUACUUAUAUCAUUUAAUAGUAUUAAAAACAUACUUAAAAAGCUUAAACAAUAAUUUUAAAAGAAUGUAGAAACAAAUUAAAACAUUUAUUAAAUUAGACAUUUCAAAAUAACAAAACAAUUAUUUUAAUAGUAAAAGUUCAACAAUCUGAAAUAAUGUGAUUGUUUAAUGCGUCAAUACUAUUUCAAAUAGUAUCUUACUUGUAUGUUUUUUUGUUCAGAAAAUUAAAAAUAUGAAAAAAACAAGUUACCUUUUUUCAAAGGUAAUUUAUUGUAACAAGGCUGGUUUUAGUAGUCUAUUAAAUGCACAGUUUAUGUUGAACUGAAAACAUUACUUAUAUUACCAAGAACAAUAUCGCUUAUAACCUAACUAGUCAGUAUUUUUAAGUAAACUGUUUUUUUAUAUAUAAAUGUAAGAAUUUUAGUGUUGGUAUAUGUGUAACAAAUUAGAUCUUUCAGACACAGGUCAUAUUGUUUGUUAUGAAAUGAAGUUCAUUGUUUUUUUUUUUAGGAUUUUUCUCUUUAUUUACUGAAAGUUAGAACUCUUAGUCAACUUGCAUAAAUGUCAGUUGUUUGUGAUAUUGGUCAAUAAACUAGUUUAUAGAAAUAUUUUUAUACAUCUGUGUGACUUAGACUAUUUACAUUUAAUAUUGAAAACAUGUCUGUGAAAUCACAUUUCUGCACAGAUCUAGCAGUUAAUUGGAAAUUAUUUUUGCAUUUAAAGUGAUUUUCAUGAAUGAACAGUUACAAGCCAAUAAGAGUAUUACAUUAUUUGUCAUAAUAUACAGAAAAUGAAAAGAAGCAAAUACAUUUAUAAAACACAGCAUUAUUGAUUUUUUUAUAACUAUUACAGGCAUUUGCUUAAAAGAGUCUAAAAAAGGAUAUGCAGCAAAUUUUUAGUUGCAGCCUUUUUAUCAGUCAAUUUUCUACUUAAAUAUAAAACUACAAGACUAUGGGCUAACCUACACCCCUUUCUUCUAAUAUCAUCAACUGCCUGUCUUAUACAUCAAAAAGUCUAUAUAGAUUCACAUCUGUUUUUGUGAAGAUUAUUGAUAAUUAAAUGUACAAAGUUGAAGUGUUUGAGCAAGUUAAAAUCUUUUCACUGAGUAAAUAAAUCAAGGACAGGCAUUAAAUUAACAAUAUUUUAAUUUAAUGGUGGUAAUUUAUAACCUUAAGUCUUUCCAAAACUCCAUGUAUGCUUGCUUGGCAGCUUGUACAGAAUAUAAAUUGCUUUCUGUGUAGCCACCACGGUUCCUGCUCUAUUAUAUUUAUAAUUAUUUAUAAAAUUCUAAAGUUUUGGUCACUUAAGAUCAGGCUGUCUACACAGUAUUUUAUACGUUGAAGUAAUCUAAAUGUUGUCAGGCUUUAACUGGUUUAGUUCAAAAAAAUUAUAGAACGUUUAAUUAAGUUAACAACAAUGUUGGAGUUAUUAUGUUUGACUUGUCCCAUUAAUACGAUAACGAGCUGUGUUGUGAUGCCUUGCCUGUUUUGUGCCUUUGCAAGGGACCAUGCAUCUGUGACUUGUCAAUGUUACCAAUAAAUCAUCUAUUUCUUUA